AUGACCACCGACGUCGAGACAAACUCUGCGCUCAAGCGCGUGGACACGAGCAACCAGGCCAUCGCAGAUGCCGAGGACCUCGCUUGUUUCGGCCAUGAGCAGGCCCUCACCCGCAAGUUCAGCAUCUGGAGUAUGCUUGCGCUGGCCUUCUCCGUCCUGGGUACUUGGUCCACCUUUGCUCAGGGUCUGUCCAGCGGCUUGACGAGCGGCGGCCCCGUGGCUAUCCUCUGGGGUCUCGUUCUUGUCUUUGCCUGCAAUUUGUGUGUUGCUGUCUCUCUUGGUGAGAUGUGCAGCAGCAUGCCCACGGCCCUGGGUCAGGCAUAUUGGAUCUCGCGCCUCUGGCCAACAUCCGCCGGACGAUUCUGCUCUUACCUAUGCGCCUGGAUUAAUACAUUUGGCUGGAUCACGCUUUCCGCGUCGCAAAUUGCCUUUAUGACCGAGUUCAUGCUCAGUAUGAGGGUUCUGUUCAAGCCGGACUGGUCUGGCGCAAGCACGGGUUGGGUUCUCUUCCUUGUCUACGUCGGUACAACAUUCGCAAUGACCCUCUUCAACGUUGUUGCUUGCCGAAAAGACAUUGUCCUUCCCAUGUUCAACAACUUUGUCGGUAUCUCCUUCGGAGGACUCUUCUUCAUCAUCAGCCUAGCGCUCCUCAUCUCCGUCGGAACCAAAGAUAACCUCGAAUUCAAACCCGCCGACUUUGUCUUUGGCACUUGGAUCAACCAGACCGGCUGGCCUGAUGGUGUCACCUGGUUCAUCGGUCUCGUCCAAGCCGCCUAUGGUCUGACUGCCUUUGACGCCGCCAUCCACCUUGUCGAAGAGAUUCCCUCGCCUCGAACCAAUAUCCCGCGCGUCAUCUGGCUUUCCGUGGUUAUUGGUGCCAUUACUGGUUUCAUCUUCAUGGUUGUUUGUCUCUUCUGCAUCCAGGGAAUGGAUGUUGUGCUGGACCCAUCGACUGGCCUGCCUUUCAUGGACUUGCUCAAGGAGACGGUUGGUCUUCAGGGAGGAGCUGUUCUCCUGGCUCUCUUCAUCAUGAACGGAAUGGGACAGGGAGUUGGCAUCGUCACCACGGCUUCUCGUCUGACUUGGGGUUUUGCUCGUGAUGGUGGUAUUCCCUGGAGCAACUACUUUGCCCGAGUUGACGAGACCUGGAAGGUUCCCGUCCGCGCUCUGUGGCUUCAGGGUGCCGUCAUGGCUUUGAUUGGAAUUCUCUACACCUUCGCUUCGACUGUACUGGAGGCCAUUCUUAGCGUCAGCACUAUUGCCCUCACAGUCUCGUACGGCAUGCCUAUCCUGACUCUUCUCCUCGUCGGCCGAGACAAGCUCCCUCCUGGACAGUUCUCCCUCGGACGAUUCGGCUCCGUCAUCAACUGGGUUUCAGUUGUCUACUGCGUCGUCACGACCGUCUUCUUCUUCUUCCCGAGCGAGCCGAACCCGUCCGGCGCCGACAUGAACUACGCCAUCGCCGUCUUCGGCAUCAUGCUGAUCGUGACGCUCGUCUUCUGGGUCAUCAAGGGACGUAUCACAUACAUGGAGACAGAAGAGGCCCAGGGCAAUGUCAUCUACGCCCAGCAGGCCGAGCGAGCCAACUACGUGGACCGCACCAAGGAGCAGAGGGAGACGGACCGGCAGGCCAAGACUGGAGUUUCCUGA